AUGCAAGAAUGGGGAUUUGAACUUCCAAUGGGGAAUAUUUCAGAUCGUGUAUUGAUCAAAUGUAUAGAUUACUUGCUAGAAACAACAUCUAGAAAAGCAGUAGGAGAGAGAUUCCCUGGUAAGCUCGCAACUCCAUUUGAGAAAACUAAGCUUUCUGCUUAUGCCCUUGCUGCCAUGGCACCCUCCAUGAGGCUUCAAUCAUUUUUAAGCAAGCAGAUACAAGCAAUUCUUGAACCUGAUGAAAACAUCCAUCUUUACAAAAAAUGGAUCGAUAGUCUCUCCUCUAAAAAAUACGAGGUUUGUCUCUGUUGGCUUCUUUAA